AUGCUAUAUGCUUGGUCCUGUGGUCGUCUCCGUCCAAUGAUCACUAUAAUAGAGAGCGUCAUUGGACAUGCCGAUGCAGGCCUUUGGAAGCAAGAAAUCGAGGGCCUGGUGUGGUCGCUCACUGAUCCGGGAUAUAAAGAAUCUGGUAACCUAUGCCAUGACUUGUUGAACUUCCUUGAAAGUGCAAGGGAGUCCCUCAAGAAGUCAGAAUUGACUCGAGCUGUGGAGGAUGAGGGAGAAGGAAGCAAGCCCAAAGAACCACAGGCAAGGAGGACAUCAAAGAGAAUUGCCGAUAAAGCUCAAGCUAUGGAGCAUCGCCCUAGCUCAUGGGAUAUGAGUCCAACGUUUUCAAGAAGUUUGGGGCUCCUCUUCCAGUUUAUGUUUGCGUAG